UGCGUAGCAUGUGCUCGUGAGGAACCCUUCUUCCAAGCUUUCUAGGAUGAGGUUUUGCUUCUGAAGAAAAACAUUGGAUUUGAUACAAAGUGAUAUGAUUAGAUGGCGGACGAAAACCCUUCAACCAACGUCGAAAUUGGCGGCAUUACAAAAGCUCAGCAGCAUAGCUCAUAUCAUCUCAGGGAUUCAGCUCUAGGAAGUGCUCUAGCUUCUUCUGCAGAGCAGCGCGCUUUGCUUUGGAAGCAAGAUCUCAGGAUCAUUCCACUUGCCGCGGGCAUAUAUUUCCUCUGCAACUUGGACCGUUCCAACAUUGGGAAUGCUCGAAUCCUCAACUCGACAACAAAAAAUGAUAUGCAGACAGAGCUACAUAUGACUCCAGUGCAAUUCAACAUUGCGCUGAUGAUCUUUCUGAUUGGUUACUUUUCAUUCGAAAUUCCAUCCAACAUAUUGUUGAAAAGGUUGCGACCUUCGAGAUGGAUUGCAUUUCUCAUGAUGUCGUGGGGAGCCAUCACAAUUGGGCUUGGCGCCACAAAGAACUUCAGCCAAGUCACUGGGGUGCGAUUCCUGCUUGGAGCGUCUGAAGCUGGGCUAUUUCCAGGACUCGUGUAUUACCUGACAUUUUGGUAUAGGGCCAACGAAAGAAGCCUCCGCGUUGCUCUUAUCUUGGCCAGCGCGACACUGGCUGGCGCUUUUGGAGGCGCAAUCGCUUACGGAAUCGGCCACAUAAACCAGGCCUCUGCACUCUCAGGGUGGAGGUGGCUAUUUAUCAUCGAAGGCGUUCCAUCAUGCUUAUCCGCAAUUGCUGUAUGGUUUGUCUUGCCCGACUUUCCAGAACGUGCAAAAUGGCUUUCUGCCGAGGAGAAAUCACUAAUAGCUGAGCGACUCUGUAUCGAAGGAAGCAAGGGAGACAGUCAUGAUAUUACCUGGGCUGACGCCAAAGCGACUUUGACGGACUGGCGACUCUAUGGACAUUACUUAAUCUACUUUGCUGUUAGCCUUCCUUUCAGCUCAUUGUCUCUAUUUACGCCCUCAAUCAUAGCUGGUCUAGGAUAUAAAGAUCUCCAAGCACAGCUGAUGACGGUGCCACCCUGGGCCGUCGCUUAUGUUGCACAGAUACUCGUGGCAUGGUCUAGCGAUCACUUUAACGCUCGUGGGUUUCAUUGCGCUGGAGCGGCGUUUGUUGGGGCGAUUGGUUUCCUGGCAUCAGCGGUUGCUCCAGUAGACGCAUACGUGGGUCGCUAUAUUUGCCUGACUAUAGGUUCGGCGGGCGCUUUCUCAUCCAUUCCACCUAUGCUUGGGUGGUUGACCUCGAACAUGUGGAACACAGCUGCCACAGGCCUCGCAGUUGCUCUGAACGUUAGUAUUGGGGCUGGCAUUGGGCAGAUUCCGGGUGUGUGGAUUUACAAAUCCGAGGAAGCUUCUCGGGGGUAUCCAACUGGUCAUGGGGUCAACUGCGCCAUGUUAUUUGUGGUUGCAGUUGGUGCCAUAUAUUUGAGGCUGUUGUAUGGUCGUAAAAACAAGAUAAUCCUUGGUCAAGCAGUCAGCAACCAACCACCUCGGUUAUAUGCACUUUAGUCACAUACGCACUAAGUUUUGGUACUGGUAGGCAGAAACUGAAGUGUGGGUAUAGGCUAGCUAAGUCUAUGGAAAGUUUGCGUAUCCGCGGGCUCAGAUAUUGUUAUGCAGCAUGACUCCGUAGCCUGAUGAAAAUGAUUGUGUUUUGAUCGCAGCA